ACGCGCCCGCCGCUCCCCGCCGCCGCCGCCUCCGCGCCGCUGCCCUGCGCCGCCCGGCCGCCUCCUGCCGCCUCCUGCCGCCCGCCAUGGGGGCCCGGCGCCCGGCCCGGCCAUGAAGGGCGGCGGGGGGGCCCGCUCCCACCUCCUGCCCGCCGCCAGGGGACCGCGACGCCCGGGGACCGGCGGGGCUCCUCCUCGCUUACUGCUAUGGACAGUGCUAUCACCCUGUGGCAGUUCCUCCUCCAACUCCUGCAAGAGCCUCAGAACAAGAAUAUCAUCUCUUGGACCUCCAACGACGGGGAGUUCAAACUGCUGCAGGCAGAGGAGGUGGCCAGACUCUGGGGAAUCCGCAAGAACAAGCCCAGCAUGAACUAUGAUAAACUCAGCCGUGCUCUCAGAUACUAUUAUGUGAAGAAUAUCAUUAAAAAAGUGAAUGGUAAGAAGUUUGUAUACAAGUUUGUUUCUUAUCCGGAGAUUUUAAAUAUGGAUCCACUUGUCGUGGGCCGUAUAGAAGGAGACCCUGAAAUGACUGGUUUUGCGGAAGUUAGCAGUGCUGCAAAGGAUGUGGAAAACUGUGGGAAGGAGAAGUCUCAGUCAUGUGCUAAAUCCUCCAGCCGCAAUGACUAUAUCCACUCAGGCUUGUACUCCUCUUUUACGCUGAACUCCCUGAACUCUUCCAGUGUAAAACUCUUCAGGUCCAUCAAGAUUGAGAAUCCAGCCGAGAAACUGACAGAGAAGAAACCCGCUCAGGAUCCAACACCGUCUGUCAUCAAGUUUGUAACCAUGCCCUCCAAAAAGCCGUCCUCUGUCCCCCUGGUCGCUACCACUUCAACGGUCUCUGCCACUUCCACCGCUUCUGCCCCUUCGGCUGCAUCCUCUCUCUCCAUGGGAUCAGAAGAAACUCUCCAGACCUUGGAGACUCUCGUUCUACCCAAGUUAACUGUCCCUGAAGCUCCAGCACCUUUGCCAAACUUAACCACCAGCUUCACCCCAACUCCGCCUGUAUCCUCGGUUUCUCCCACUCUGCAAGUUCCUUCCACUCCCCCUUCGCCCCCCCUGAGUUCUAAUCCUGACCUGGACAUUGACACGGACAUAGAGUCGGUGGCUUCGCAGCAGCUGGAGCAGGCUCAGAGCCUUCAGCAUCAAUCCCCAGAGCCCAAAGAGCAGGAUUCAUCUGUGCUGGAGAAGGAAUUUGCCAAUCAUCUCUCCAGAUCUAAAAAACCCAAAGGGCUGGAGUUGGCUCCUACUCUUGUCAUUACAGGCAGUGAUCCAAGUCCGUUGGGAAUACUGAGCCCUUCUCUCCCCACCGCUUCUCUUACUCCAGCACUUUUCUCUCAGACUCCCAUCUUGCUGACCCCAAGUCCUUUGCUCUCCAGUAUUCAUUUCUGGAGUACCCUAAGCCCGGUUGCUCCUCUCAGUCCUGCAAGGUUGCAAGGUGCUAACACACUCUUUCAGUUUCCAUCAGUGCUGAACAGUCAUGGCCCAUUUACUCUGUCUGGACUGGAUGGACCCUCUACCCCUGGCCCAUUUUCCCCUGAUCUGCAGAAGACAUAGCACAUGAACUCAUGGAAAGGACAUAUUGGCAAGCAAGGGAAAGAUUAUGACACUUAUAUUUAACCAUGUUUUUUAAACGAGCAAUUUAUAAUUCCACAGAGAUUAUCAAGUCAUAGUUUUUGCCAUUCCCAGAUAAAAUGCCUUUUUUGCAAAAUUCCUGUUUUUUUGAAGACCCAGAUUGGGAAUGUAUAUGCAAACGCCUUAAUAGGAGCUGAAGCUCCGGUCUCUUCUCUUCCCUCCUUGGUUUGGAAGACUUCACUAUGGUUAAAGGGAGUUUCAGUUGGUGUUGCAGUAACUGAGUCUGCACUGAUUGCAGUAAAUGGUAUCAGAGAAGUCUUUUCUCUGUGACUCUUGGAAAACCUCUGUUCUUCUGCUUCCUGUGCUUGGCAAGAAGAAAUCUAAUUGCGAUCGAAGCUGGCAUUCCAGGAAAUGCUUGGGAAAGGGGUGUGUGUGCACUCGGCUUUGCCUUGGGGCCUGAUAACUUCUGCAGCAACAAAACAGCCCGCGUCUUAUCUGCUGUACAAACGUCUUGUCUCUUUGCAGGGAGAAAUUUUCAAGGAAUACUCGAUGAUUGCGUUACUCAGAUAUGAACAAUUUUUGAAUGGCAUUGUACAAAGACAGUCCAGCCUCUCGGGGAAGUGGCCUGGCUGCCUUCUGGAUGCUUCCUGGCCCUCCCUUUGGUGAGGAGGCAAGGCCUGGGGACAAACGAAUGGUGGGAUUAGUUCCUUUCAGUUCUCAGAAAGUUUGAAUGCUGAAGUCCAAACAUUUCUUGUGCCAGAGACCUGUUCUAAAGCCUGUAAUCUCACUGCUAGAUCAGCAGCGUGAUGGAUUUACGUGAGGUUUGAGGGUGUAUCUGUUACGUGAGGUUGCUGCCUGAUGCGCUAUUAUCAGACCCAAGCUGUGGGUGAGAACGCUAACGUCUGAGCGUUAACGUUACUGCUCUUUUCCCACAGGUGAAGUGGAGAAUCUCCUCUUCUCCGAGCUCUUAUCUCGAGUUUUGCUUUACAUCUAUUGCUUUUUUUGUAUGAGGAAGCACUCAGACCCCAAAAACGUUAGGCUUAGUGCGUACGGCUAGUUGAGAGAGGUACCGUGGCGUAUCAACCUUACUGUAAAUUUGCGCUUGCUUUUCUUUCCUUGGUGGCCGUGUGUGUGGAUGAAUACAGGAUCAGUUUCCAGAGCCAUUUGAAACACUGACGAAAUGAAAUUUGUAAUUAGAUUUUUAAACCUCAGGAGGCCUUUUAAGAGAACUGAGGAAUGAGAGAGGAGGGACUCUCCUCGCACGGCCCCUCAGAGGUUGGAUGUCUUGGUCUGCUGGCACCGAGCUCUGUGCCCUUCCACUUUGGGUCUCUGCUGUCAGGCAGCAACUUCGGUUUGCUACCCACAUACGUGUGGUGAGUUGGUGACAUAAGGAUAAAAAUACCCACUAGAAAACAGAUGGAGACCAUCUCUUUCCUUCGGUAUCCUCACUGCCCGUCUUUGAGGUUUUGAUGAGCAGAGAAAGAUUGUACCUUUACAGCAAGAGGAGCUGGCAGUGUGCUUCCUGCUCUAGUGCACCUGUCUGGUGGGUGAAUGGUGAGCUCUGCCUUCCCAGAGUUUUCCUUUUGCCAGUUUUGUGGACUCUGAAUUCACUUUAAAGCAUAUGUAUGACAAUACCCAAGACUUAAUUUACCGCAGUGAUUUUCUCUCUGUAUAUUCUAGCAUUGAAAUAUGUAAACCACUUAGUAUGUUCCCAGUAGGGCACCCUAGCCAUGGGUGGGUGUAAUGGAGUUGCUUUUUGGGCAUUGUUCAUCCAGAAAGUCCUCUGCCUGGUGGGAGAAAAGAGUGUGCCUAUCUUGGGGUGCAGAUAGCAGGGCGCGAGCUCACGUAGCGAACUGUCUUCCUGGCCGUCACGUCAGAGGCACGACACUGCUUCGCGUUUUACACAUCAGCAGAUGCAGGAUAAAGUUCCGGUGCCAGUGGCUCUUAAAAUGACAAUGUGCAAUAUUGACUUUUUUUUUUUAAAUGCAGAAAGAAACCUGCAGAUCAUAGUUAAGAGCAGGCAUGUGGAAUUUUCUGGUUUGCAUGAUAGCUUAUAAGUUUGCUCUAGAAAAUAUAUAUAGCUAUAUAUAAAUAGCAGCACUUUUAAUGGUUGUUUUAGGUUGGCCAAUUUUAUGCCCACUGUGUGUGUGGAUUUGAGAGCAACAUUGCAGACUAGGAUUAAAGUUUAAAAAUAACUAAUGAGCACUAAAGACUUGCAAUUUAAUUGCUUCCCUUUCCUUGUCCCCUAUGGAGAAAAGCCAAGUUUUUGUUUAAAAGUUGUGUAUGUGCACACGUGCACUUAUUUUUUUGUAAACUGUAUCACUUUCAGCAUAGGUAUGCAAGAGAACCAAAUGCUAAUGUAGCUUAUCAGUUUUGCUUGGCCUGGUUUCAUGCUCUUCUCCAAGUAGCUGCAUAAGCUUGCACUGCCACAGCUGGUGGCUGAAAUACGUGUUCACCUUCAGGAAUACCUUCUUCAGAGAGAGUGAAACGCAGUCUGAAUGUGUUAGCUUCGAUCUGGUGAUGUCCAGCUUCCUGACGGAUGACUUGAGAAGGUGACUGCUUUUGCUUGGGCACCUGCCUUGGAAAAUAAAGGUCCCACAUAGGAUUAUAAUCUCAGGAGGCAGUUGGAAAAGCAAGACUAGGCAAGGUGAGGUGGGAGAGAAGUUCACUCCUGUUUUCCCCACUGUAACUUUCAGGUCACUUAAAAUAAUAGUGUCUUGUAUAUAUGCUGCCUCAUUAAAUGGACAUUUACUAAUAAGUGUAUAACUGCCAGCUUUUUUGGAUCACAUUCCUGGCAGCACAGUGUCGCUGUGACAUCCUGGGAGCUUGGUUGUGUGAACUGCUGGUACUCUGCUGGCUCGCUGCAGGAGCAGUUUGCAACUUGGUUUUAGUGUAGGGAAGGUGGGGGUUAAUAUAGGCUCUCUUUUAAUUAUCAUGUUAGCAGUCUGUAGUAUGGGUAUAGUACCGUGUUGGUUUUAAAAAUAGUGCAGCAUUACAGAAACAUUUUAUUACGUUACAAUUCAUGUUGCUGAAGUAACUGUGGUAUUGUCAAAUGCUUGGUAGUAUUUGCAUUGGUUAAUUCAUAGAUGGUGGUAGAAUUAGACUGGAUGAGCAUGGAAGCUGAACAUCUGUCUCGCUUCUGGAAAUCUCUUUUAAAUGUUAUUGCUGCUGUAUAAUAGUACUGCAGAGUUGCAAAGCUUGCGCUGCUGGUGCUGUCUGUGCUACGUCUGUUUUUUUUGAGAUCCUGAACCGUCAGGAUGCCACUAGCAACGUGUGCUGCAAGCAGAGACAAUCCGUGGAAAGCAGAAACGUGUUAAUAACAGCCUACGUUUAGAGAACCGUCCCUGUUCUGUCUUACCCAUUUUCAGAGAAUGUGAUCCUAGUAAAUGAGGGUGAUGGAAGAAAGGUUUUUUUGUUAGCAGCUUAAGUCUAGAACCUUGUUUCAGAAAUUGGUCUUCAGCAGUGACAGCUGAAUGUAAUUCCUAUGCACUGUCUUCGGCACAUUCAAAUUGCAUUUUGCAAUAGGUCAGGAAGUGAUGAAAUUCCUCAAAUUGGAGAAUUCGUUGUAUUCACUUAGAGUGUCUUAAGACUUCAGUAUCCGUGCAUCUUUGGUGUAACGGAGUGGGAAUUAAAAUAUGGAAAUCUUUGGCUAUUCAGCAGUUUGUUUGGGAUAGUUUCUCCCUCUAAUAUAUUUUCAAACCUCAGAUAUCCAACAAACAGAUUCUUCUUGGUUUUCAUAGUGUUCAUUUUAACCGCAGUGAAGGCUGCUCAUGUGCAUAUCUUCCUUCACAAGCUUUUCAACGUGCCGACCUGUUUAAUGUCAGAUUCUCUCAUGACUUCAACUUCCAUGCGAGAGCUUCUGCAGGUCAAGACUGGAUAAAAGAGCUAGCCUAGCGCAUCGAUGCAGUUUCUCAGGUGAGCACAAGCAGAGUUCUGGUCCACUUCGGUAGCAUUAUUCUAUUGCUGAGUUUGGAACCUACAGUGCUGACAAUCUGUUGGCUACCCAUGGUUUAUUCAUUUAUCUUCUAGUUACUUUUUGCUACUGUUUUAUAGCGUUUUUUGUAUGUACUCAACUUUUACUAUACAAUUUAACCUCUUCCAUUUUUAAUGCAUAUUUGUUUACAAGACACAUCUCAGUGUUGUAUCAAGAGGCUAUCUUGGUAUUGUCAGCUAUGAAAUAAACUACAUCAGUAGUUAAGGAACAUUGUCAAAGUUGACAGGUAUUUUAAAACUUGAUGUUUGAGUUUUGGGUGUCCAUAACAAUUUUGUUCUGUUUUGUUCCUUAGUUCUCCUGUGUAAGAAAUAUUACAUACCGUCUGGCCUCUCGGGUCCUAGGUAUGGAGAGUUUAUUUUGACUUAAAAAUGACGGAGCAUGGUAUUGCAGACAGGCAGCCCGAGCACCACGGGAUCUUACACUCAGCAACUAAGUUGAAAGUACAUGAAAAUUGUAAUCGUGUUGCUUAGAAGCUAUUUGGGGUGCUUUAAUGAGGUAUAGUAUGUCUUGCCUAAACAGGAAUUUUUAUGGUUUGAUUUGAAUUUAAUUAAACAGUAAUUGGCAAUGGCUGCUGUUUAGUCUGAACAGCGUUAGGAAAUCUGCUUAAUGUGGAAGCCUUUGGCUAUUGCCAUCUAGAUGAGUGGUGGUUAAUAUGUGACAUGCUGGAGUUGAUCUCUUGAAAUCUGAGGCUGUCAGGUGAAGAUUAAAGGGUGAAAUGCAGUGACAGUUGUUUUACACAGUUCUUCAGGGCUAUUACUGCAAUAGACUUUCUUGGAUUGACAUCUGUGAACAUGGCAUUCCACGUAGUUUGAGCGAAUAGCAUUGACUCUGUAGGACCCCUUUAUAAAGCUGGUUCUGGACAGAAAUAUUUCUGAAAAUAGAACCAAAUCUUUUCUCUGUAGCCUGCUUUUAGUCAUAAGGAUGUAAUAUAGGAACUACAAAGCCACAGGAAUGGCGGUGCUGCCAUAUUUCUACUUUGUGUUGAGUAUCAUUAUCAGACCUGCUACCUGUCUUGGUACCGCCUAAAGCAGAAAGGCUAAGCGUUGGUUUUGGGUGUCUAGCAGAUUUUGAACUGAGGAAUGUUAUUCUUGCUUUUGUACAAAGAGCAAACAAAAUUAAGGGAGAAUAUGUUCACUGCAGAACGUUGAUUCUUUUUGGAGGAUGCAGCUUUUCUGACCAUAAGCAUACUUUUAAAAAAAAUAAAAAUAAAGUGACCUGUAAGGUAAGAAAACUGGGCAGGGCCCAAUGUUUCUGCUUGGAUGUGUAAGCUAAUGUAUUUCCCUUUUCAGAUAGCGAGAUGUCAGCUUCGUAUAAAUUAUUCUAUAGAAAACAGUAGAACUGACUAGAAUUGAUUUUUGUUUACCCUUCCCUUCCAAAGAAUGUUGGUGAAGACUCUGUGGAGCUAUUCCAGGCAUCUGAUUAAAAAGCAUACUUCUACAGCUGAAGACUUGUUUUCUGUAUGCGUUGUUUAACUGAGACUGGAAUAGCUCUCGUCUUCUGAACGUACAUGUGCACACAGUCACUGCCCGAGAGGAUGUGUGUUCGUUAUGUGCUCUGGUUCAGAUUUGUGUAAAUGAUGCUUACAGUGUACACUCAGAGCAAAUACUGCACUAUGCAGUUGCCACUUUUAAAUGUUUUGCACAUGCUGUUGAGGCUUUUGAGAGCUUUUUCUUUCCUUUCUUUUUUUUUUUUUUUUUAAGUACUCAAAUCAAUUUUACCAUGGUGUGGGCUAAGUAUUUGCCAAAGGUUAUUUUUAAACACAUCUUUGACAUUGCUGUAUGCCACGUCUUCUAUAAAAGUGUCUUAACUGUAUCUUUGAAUAACUUUAUAUUAAUGGAACAACAAUUUGGACUUUUUUUUUUCUCCUGAAGCACUUCUCUGUUGAGACCAUGCAUUGCAGAAGGUUUUCAUCUCAAAGUAGGGAUUUUGGCAGGGUGAGAGGGUAACAGUAUAAUUAGCAACCUUUGGAAAACAGGGGUCUUUUAAUGGAGACACCGACUGAACUGUAAGCAGUGCAGUCCGAGAGGCUGGAAAGCAGUGUGUUUGGAGCCCACUUCAGUCCUUGGGCAGUACAUGCAACAGUGCUGUACUAAUAACUGGAAGCUGUUUUGUUUUGUUUUCCUUCUUUUUUUUCUUUUUUUUUUUUUUUAACACAGGAAGGCUUUGAGGAUGGCUUCUGCAUGGUUCCUAGUGUGUGCUGUGUGCUGUGGGGGGGGGGGUUACAAUACCUGGGUUUGCUCUAGGCUCCUUGAGAUGCAUUGUGGUUUUUUUUGGCUAGCAUGUCUUAAAUCUUCAGGCUUUGAAACUGCUUUAUAGAAUUGUGUUGACUUUUUGUUCUGCUGUUAUUCAGUUGCACAGAGUUUUAUAUAUAUGAUGUACUAGUUUUAACGUUAAUUCUCUGUGAACAGGGUUGAGAUUAUUCAUUGUAGUUAAAAAAAUGUAUUCUAAAACUCCCUUUGAAAAUCUUGUUUGUAUUCUGUUGCAGUGUUACCAGAUGGCCUUAUGUACGUCACAGUGUUUUGUGAUAAGUACAGUAGCACAUUUAAUGCUUAUCUCUCCCAACCCCUCUGUUUUUAUAGCUGAGAAGUAUAUUCUUAAUAAUAGAGAUGCAUAAACGGGAAAAUUUAAGUGACGUGUAUGGUAAGGAUAGUGGUUGUCUCCUCUAAUGUAUGUUAGGACAGCUGGAAUUAAUCUGAGACUGAAAUGACUCUGACUAGGGACAGUUAACCAGCACAAGACUUUGUCUUGGGAAUGUGAGAAUCGCUGUGUGAGCUGAUGGCAGACUUGAGUCGUAUGCCAGCAGCUUGUAAAAGGGAAGAGAUCCCUUGGCUUCAUCAGAACUGCUCUAACUUACACCAGCUGAGAAUCUGGUCCUUGCAGCUUUUUGUCCGUGGCUCAGAGAGAGCCAGGGAGAGAAGGUUAAGCUAAAUUUUAGAGAACUUCAGCAACCCAAUCAGCUGUGGUAACGUGUGACAGUUGUCAUUCUGUUUAAAGUGCAUAUCUGUUUUGGAAAGUGAUUUUCUGAUGUCUUUAGUGUUACUCCUCAAGUGAUUUUUUAGGUUAAUUUGGAUUCUCUGUAAAUCAGCGAGAUGACGUCUGCAGUAUUUUCAAUAGUACAGCAGCUCUGACAUUUCUGCUUGGGGCAGACUGUGGAGACAGUCAUGUAAGACUCUUUAACUCUGAAAUGGAUUUGAUUUUACUUUAAUUUAAGUAAAAAUGGUAUUGAAGUCAGCAAAUAACAUUUUCAGUUACUCUUUCCAGAACAGAAUUGCAUUUAAUAUGCACAUAUAGUACCGAGUUGAGAGACAAAGCAAGUUGUGUUAUAGCAAACAUCUGCUGGCUUCCUACAGUGGAGACUUACUCCAGACAUGGACUUUUAGAGCCAACUGUAAUCUUACACCGCUUUGGUGCUCUUCUUACAGUUGGGUAAACUUGCCUGUGAGAGAGUAGCUUCUCAGUCGAACUUUUUUUUGAAAAAAAGAAAAAAGAAAAAAAAACUUAUAAGAGUAUCUUAAUGCCAUUGUGUUUUAAAAAAAUGCUGGUAUGUAAUGCAAGUACAUAAAUAGCCAAAGUUUUCAGUAAUUGUUCAGUGUUACUAAAGUUGCUUUUAUUUAACCUUCCAAGAUAACAUAUUAGGAAGACCUUCAGCAUGUUGAUAUCAUAUUGAAAAAAAGUCUGAUCAACUUGAUUAUCGCAGAUAUGCAGUUAUUUGAACACAUUUCAGGUUUGACUAGAAUUUGGAGGGCAAAGUUCUAUGAUGCAAAACUUACUUUGGAGGACAUGCACUGUAUUGACACUUCAAAGUAACUAAUCCUACUUUUCAAGAGUGGCAUAUUGGCAGUUUUUAUUCAAACAUAAUGAAGGUCUUUCCUGAGAAAUCAGGUGACUUUUCUAUUGCUUCAAUUUUUGUGCAAAAAAAAUCAAUGUAUUGCAAUCUUUUUUUAAAAAUGGGGUGGGAAUAGUUAAAGAAAACUAUUUUAUGUAAGAACUGACAGAGGGAUUUGCUUUGUAUAAUGCAAGCCGGCUUUAAAAAAGCAUUGUAGCAAAUUAUUCAAGUCAAUCAUAUGUUAAUAGUUAUGUGCAACCAGACAUGCAAAACAAUUGUAUUUUUUUAAAUAAAUAUUUUUAACAAA